AUGUCUGACGUCGCCGAAACAAAGCCUGACCCCACCACCACCGCCCACGAGGAGACCAACACCACCGCGGAGGAAACGCCAAAGACUGCGGAGGGUGAGGAGAAGAAGUCGACCACAGAGACUAUCGCCGACACGGCCGCUGCUGCCACGACCAAGGCUACUGACAGCGUCUUCUCCAUGUUUGGUGGCGGUCCCAAGAAGGAGAAGAAGGAGGAAGAGGAUGAUACCAACGAGCCUUCGGGCUCUUCCAAGGCCCAGAAGGCAGAGGAAGAGGAUGAAGCUCCCGAGUCCCCUGACGUCCAUUUCGAGCCCGUCGUCCACCUGACCGAGAAGGUCGAGGUCAAGACCAACGAAGAGCUCGAGGAGCAAACGUUCAAGAUGCGCGCAAAGUUGUUCAAGUUCGACCGUGAGAGCAAGGAGUGGAAGGAGCGUGGUACUGGUGACGUGAGACUGCUGAAGCACAAGGAGAACGGCAAGACUCGUCUGGUCAUGCGGAGAGACAAGACCCUCAAGGUCUGCGCCAACCACUACAUUGUCCCUGACAUGAAGCUCUCUCCCAACGUCGGCAGUGACCGCAGCUGGGUCUGGAACGCUGCGGCCGAUGUCAGUGAGGGUGAGCCUGAAGCGCAGACCCUGGCCAUUCGUUUCGCCAACAGCGAGAAUGCCAACCUCUUCAAGGAUGCCUUCAUCAAGGCCCAGCAGGACAACGAGAAGCUCUUUGCCAAGGAGGAGUAA